CCAAAACCUCUCUCUCCUUUUCAUCUUUAUCUCGCCGAUCAAAAAAAACCCUAGAAAACUUAUCUUCACCAAUCCUCGCUCUCUCUUGUUCCCGUUCGAUCACCAUCGUUGUCUCUUUCUCAGUGUUAUGUAAGUUUGAUCUCCUUUGUCUCCACUGUGAAAAACCCGUGAGAGACCAAAGGAGAAAAGGUGCUCUGUUUUAGUUGUGUUCUGUUUUUUUUUUUCAAGGGUUUACUUCUCGUUGACCUCUGAAUCGAUUCGAUGGCUGAUUCGUGUUUCAAAGCCGGUAAGUUUAGCGCACCUGGGUUUCGAUUUCACCCGACUGAUGAAGAACUUGUUGUUUAUUAUCUUAAGAGAAAGAUCUGUGGUAGAAAGCUUCGUAUCAAUGCCAUUGGUGUCGUUGAUGUUUACAAAGUCGAUCCUUCUGAAUUGCCUGGUUUGUCAAUGUUGAAGACCGGAGAUAGACAAUGGUUCUUUUUCACACCAAGGAAUAGGAAGUAUCCAAACGCAGCUAGAUCAAGUAGAGGAACUGUAACUGGGUAUUGGAAGGCGACGGGGAAGGAUCGAGUUAUCGAGUAUAAUUCGAGAUCGGUUGGACUUAAAAAGACUCUUGUUUUCUAUAGAGGUCGGGCUCCUAAUGGUGAGAGGACUGAUUGGGUGAUGCAUGAGUAUACAAUGGAUGAAGAAGAACUUGGGAGAUGUAAGAAUGCCAAGGAGUAUUUUGCACUUUAUAAGCUGUACAAGAAAAGUGGAGCUGGUCCUAAAAAUGGUGAACAGUAUGGUGCUCCGUUCCAAGAAGAAGAAUGGGUUGAUAGCGAUAAUGAAGAGGCUGAUAAUGUUGCUGUACCGGAUAAUCCUGUGGUCCAUUAUGAGAACACUCGUCGUAUGGAUGAUACUAAGUUUUGCAAUCCUAUCAGUGUUCGGUUAGAGGAUAUCGAGAAGCUUCUCAAUGAAAUUCCUGAUGCUCCCGAGGUUACUACGAGACAGUUUAACGAGUUUUCUGGUGUUCCGCAGGGUAAUAGCGUAGAAGAGAUACAGAGCACAUUGCUGAAUGGUUCUUCUGGAGAGUUUAUUGACCCCCGGAAAACUGGAGUGUUCUUGCCAAAUGCCCAGCCUUACAACAGAAACUCGAGUUUUCAGUCCCGUCUGAAGUCGGCAAACUCAUUUGAGGCUACCUCUGGUAUGACACCUCUUCUAGAUUUUGAGAAGGAGGACUACAUUGAAAUGGAUGAUCUUCUGAUCCCUGAACUCGGAGCUUCUUCAACUGAGAAAUCCGGACAGUUCUUGAACAAUGGUGAACUCGGUGACAUUAAUGAAUUUGACCAAUUGUUCCAUGACAUUUCCAUGUCUUUGGAUGUAGAUCCUGUUUUUCAGGGAACUUCUACAGAUAUGUCUUCUCUGAGUAAUUUUGCUAACAACACAUCAGACCAAAAGCAGCAAUUCCUUUAUCCACAGUUGGACCAGACCCUUGAGUACCAGCAGAAUAACUUCAUGCAUCCUAGUACAACCCUUAAUCAGUUCACUGACAAUAUGUGGUUUCAAGAUGGUCAGGCUGCUCUCUAUGACCAACAGCCACAGUCUUCUUCUGGAGUAUUCACUUCACAUUCAGCAGGUGUGAUGCCUCUUGAGUCUAUGAAUCCUACUAUGAGUGUAAAUGCCCAAAACACUGAAGGCCAAAAUGGUGGUAAAACAACGAGCCAGUUCUCAUCAGCUCUGUGGGAAUUAUUGGAAUCGAUACCUUCAACACCAGCCUCUGCCUGUGAGGGUCCUCUUAACCAGACCUUUGUGCGUAUGUCUAGCUUCAGCCGCAUCAGGUUCAAUGGAACAACGUCAGUGACUAGUAGAAAAGUCACCGUAGCAAAGAAGCGAAUCAGUAACAGAGGUUUUCUUCUGUUAUCAAUUAUGGGUGCUUUGUGUGCCAUCUUCUGGAUGUUCAUAGCCACCGUUGGAGUCAUGGAAAGACCAGUCGUCCUCUCGUGACCUAAAACUCUUGAUUCAGGAUAAGUUAGAAGAGCAUGAUCGACAUUAGUGAUUAUGGAAUUGAUUAUAUGAAAUCUUUGAUAAUGUAUAGAGUUUGAAAGAGCUAAGAAAAAUAAAAUUUCCAAGGGUUUUUUUGUU